AUGGAGUGGACCGAGCGCUGCCAGGCGUCCGCGCAGAUCAUCGCCACCACGAGGAACACGCCCACCAAACCGCUGUCCGGCGUGCUGCGGCAGCGGCCGCUGUGUCCCUACCCGCAGGCGGUCAAGUGUAACAGCCGUCUGGACAUUAACAAGGCCAGCAGCUGGUACUCUGCCGAUCCCGUCUUGGCACUGCCGCCGCUAGUGGGCUCGCUUAACGGCCAUACGGGAACCCACACCGGCCGCAGUGACGACGACGUCCACGAAGGCUGCGAGCCGCGACCUCCGCGAUGA